AUUUUAGUUCUGCUUUGUUCGUUACAGUGUUUACACGUGCGUGUGGUGUGUGUUCUUUGUUUCUACAGUAGAAUUAUUAUUACCUAUAGUGAGUAGUGAUUAGCGAUGGCAUAAGUACCUCUAAUAACCAUUUUAUUUUUGACUUUUGUACAUAUGAUUAUAAUAAUCACGCAUACUCGUUUUUAACGUACUAUUUUUUUUUCUAUCUGUAAAAGUUAGGUUUAUAUACUUCAACUUGAAUUUAAUUUAUUCAUAACUAUAAAACAUCAAAUUAUCUCAUUUCGUUUUAUAGUUAAAAUAUUAAUUGUAUAAAUGUUUAUCGUAAAUAUCCAUUUACGAUAAACAUCUAUUACUAAUGGUAUUUUAUGAGGAAGAAAGUAAAGGUCACAAAAAAAAGAAAAGAAAAGAAUGUGAAUGUUAGCUUAACGUUGAGCAGAAUAUUAAUAUAUAUAAAAUAAAUCAUGUUACGACCAACGAUUAUAACAAUAUUGUUUGUAUGUGGAUGGUCCACAAUAAUUUUGCCAGCCGAUUCGGCACGUAUUUUAGCAGUUGAGCUGACAGGUGGAAGAAGCCAUUGGAAUUUCAUGAGUUCGGUAUUGCGGUCUUUAAUAGAAAAAGGCCACAAUUUGACCAUUUUUUCUCCAUUUACCGAUAUUGAUUUUUGUGGUGUGAACUGUUCUUUGAUAGAUACAUCUAAAGACUAUCCAACUAUAAGUUCGAUAAGCUUUGUAAAUGUCUUAACAACAUAUAGUUCGAUCACACAGCUUAUAUCUCAAGGCGUUAGUUUUACACGAAGUCGUUGUGACGCUAUGUAUAAUAACAAUGACAUAAAUAAGAUUUUAACGGUAAAAAAUAAUUCUGGUUACGAGAUUUUAAUUAUUGAACCGAUGGCCGGCGAGUGUGCUUCACACAUAGCAGGCAUUCUUCAAAUUCCUGUGGUGUACCUUAUCCCUUCGCCAAUGUUAACAUUCAUAGAACCAUUAAUUUUUGGUCAUAUACCAAACCCUGCAUUUGUAUCCCAUAUAUUAAGUAACCAUGCAUUUCUCAAAACAUUUGGUCAGAGAUGUAUCAACGCAGCGCUAUUGGCAUACAGUUUGAUCGCAAGAGAAUACCACGAAUGGAUAAUUAAAAAAACUCAGCCACAGUCUUAUGAUUCGGCCGAGUCUAUCAAACCUUCGCUUGUUUUUGUCAACUCCCAUCACAUUACUGAACAAUCGAGGCAAAUCCCACAAAAUUUGAUACCGAUUGGCGGUAUACAUCUCAGCCAACCAAAAACUAUAUCAAAAAUACUCCGCAAAACUAGAAGCACGGUGGUAUAUUGCUACUAUAAUUUUCUAUUUAAAUAACGUUCACUGAAAAUAUUUGAG